CAAAACUUAUUUAUUAAAAAUUAUUGUUUAAACAACGAACGCAACGAAAUUAUGAGAAAUCACCAGUAUUUUCCUCCUUUCUUGAUCCCUUACAUCUUCUCACAGUCCACCGCCUAGACUGCCGGCUUCAGUCUGCUUUCCCGUCAACAGUCACCAUCUAGGCGUUCGCCGGCGCUUCCAGCUGUCUCAACCGACACCAACUGCCGACACUCCCAAGGGCGGACAUUCUUCUAUAAUCUCUUUAGAUUGUUUUUGACUUACUAACAUUCAAAAGAAGCAACAUCAGACAAUUUUGAAUCUUUUGGGAAGUUUUAUUUCCGGUGUUCCUAUGAAAGUUACUUGCCUAAGCAAGGGCAAUGGUUAUUAUUUCCCACCUUGUCACAUAAUUCAAAUCAGUGGAUUCUGCAUAUUAUUGGAUUGCCCAUUGGAUCUUUCUGGGCUGCUCAUUUUCUCCCCUAUUCCUGUGUAUUCCAAUGGAAAACUUGUUGAGGCUUUUGAUUGCUCAUGCCAUGGGUCUCUGGACACUGACUGUGCAGCUUGUCAGAAUAAAAAAGCUGAAUAUUCUGAGAAUUUAAUACACACAGUUCCUUGGUACAAAACUGUUAGCAACUUGCACCUAUGGGAUGUUUCUUUUAUAGAUGCUGUUGUAAUAUCAAGUCCUAUGGGAAUGCUUGGAUUGCCAUUCUUGACCCGCAACAAAAGCUUCUCAGCUAAGGUUUAUGCAACUGAAGCGACAACAAGAAUUGGGAAGCUUAUAAUGGAUGAUUUAGUUUCUAUGCAUAGAGAGCUCAGGCAGUUUUAUGGACCUGUAGAUGCAGGGUCUGCUCAGUGGAUGAAUUGGGAUGAGCUUGAAAAGAUUCCACGUUCAGUGCAGGAGAUGAUUUUGGGCAAAGACGGAACAGAGCUGGCUGGCUGGUUGGCAUUGUAUAGUGGAGUUGAUGCAGAGGAUUGCAUUCAGAAGGUGCAGACACUGCAAUAUGAUGAAGAAACUGGCUAUGGCGGAUUAUUAGUGAUUAAGGCAGUCAGCUCUGGUCUAGAUAUUGGCACGUCAAACUGGAAAUUUAAAAGUCCGAAGAAGGAUGUUGUUUUCAUAUCAAGCUCUGUGUUUGUGUCUGCUCCUGCAUUGAGCUUCAAUUACCAUGCCCUUCAAAAUUGUGAUGUAGUAUUGUUUUCAGAUUUCUCUUCUCUUAAUAGUAUGGAAGUAGAUGAAAUGGAGAUCGGUGACUCAGCUCCCAUGACCGAGGAUGCGGAUGUAGCAUCCCUCCACUCCUUAGAAGAUCCUGAUGAAAGUUCAAAUGAGGACCAGAAGCUAGCAUUUAUAUGUUCUUGUGUUAUUGAUUCAUUUAAAGCAGGAGGUUCAGUUCUUAUUCCUAUUGGUCGUAUUGGAGUGGUAUUGCAAUUGUUGGAGCUUAUAUCAUCUUCUCAUGAAUUUUCAAAUUCAAAGGUCCCCAUAUUUUUCAUUUCUUCUGUUGCAGAAGAACUAUUAUCUUACACCAGUAUAAUACCAGAAUGGCUGUGUGUGGAGCGGCAGAAAAAGUUGUUUGCUUGUGAGCCCUUGUUUUCUCAUGUUAAUCUUAUGAAGGAGAAAAGGCUUCAUGUUCUUUCUUCAAUCUGUUCAACUGGUUUAUUAAAUGUUUGGCAGGAACCAUGCAUAGUAUUUGCGCCUCACUGGAGCCUGCGAAUUGGACCUACUGUUCAUCUUCUUCAUCGUUGGCGUGGGAAUGAAAAUUCAUUACUUAUUAUGGAGGGAGGACUGGAUGCCAAUCUAGCUCUUCUUCCUUUCAAACCUAUGGCAAUGAAGGUCCUUCAGUGUUCAUUCCUCUCUGGCAUGAGAUCAAGUAAAGUUGGACCUUUGAUGGAGAAACUGCAACCGAAGUGUGUCCUGUUACCUGAUUAUAUGAAGACUCUGGUUCACAAUCCGAAGGCAAACUCCAUGUCAAUUGUGUAUUACUCUGAAAACAUUAUGCUACGUGUUCCAAGCCUAAAGAAAAGUGCAGAGCUUGAGAUUUUAACAGAACUACACUCCCAAUGUCAGUGUACAAGUUUGAAAGAAGAAAAUAGUAAAAUUGCAAGAUUAAUGGGUGAGCUUGGUGUUGACCAAGGGAAAUAUCGAAUAAUUGCUGAGGAUUAAGUCACCCAGCAUUGAUUUGGGACGGCUUUCAACCGCAUUAUUGCAUAUGGGAGGCCUAUUAUUUUGAGGGCCCAAAUAUUUUUAAGAGCAAACACAUGUAAAUCUUCAUAUAAUUUAUGUUAAUUUUUUUCAUAAUUAAUGACGAUUUAUUAUCUUG